AUGGCUCGCAAAUUCUUCGUCGGCGGCAACUUCAAGAUACAUGAUCGAGAAACUGACCCAGAGCGUCUGGUCCGCGUCGGCAGGAACGGGACCUCUGAGUCCAUCAAGAAGAUUGUUGAGAACUUGAACAACGCAAACCUUGAUGUCAACGCCGAGGUUGUCAUCUCGCCUCCCCACGUCUACCUCGCCCACACCCGAUCUUUGGCCAAGAAGGAGAUCGAGGUUGCCGCCCAGAACGUCUUUGACAAGCCAGAUGGUGCAUACACUGGUGAGACCUCGGUCUCCCAGCUCAAGGAUCUCGGCAUCAACUGGGUCAUUCUUGGCCACUCUGAGCGCCGCACCAUCCUGGGCGAGUCGGACGAGGUCGUUGCCUCCAAGACCAAGUACGCCAUUGACAACGGCCUGAAGGUCAUCUGGUGCUGCGGUGAGUCGCUCGAGGAGCGCGAGAGUGGCAAGACGGUUGAGGUUGUCACCCGCCAGCUUGAGGCACUUAAGGCCAAGGUUGGUACCAGCGGCUGGGAGAACAUUGUCAUUGCGUACGAGCCCAUCUGGGCCAUCGGCACCGGCAAGGUUGCCACCCCUGAGCAGGCUCAGGAGGCCCAUGCCGCCAUUCGCGAAUACCUCAAGAGCAAGGUUGGCGACAAGGUUGCCGAGGAGACACGUAUCCUUUACGGAGGCAGUGUCAACGAAAAGAACUGCGGCGAGCUCAGUCAGAAGCCCGACAUUGAUGGCUUCUUGGUUGGCGGUGCCAGCUUGAAGCCUGCUUUCGUCGACAUCUGCACCUGCAAGACCGCAUGA